AUGGUAUCUACUGAUUUUGAUGUGAGUAGUGUAUCUGGUACACUUGAGUUCAUUCACAAUCCUUCUAGUCCUUUGUUUGUACAGUCCUCAGAUGUUCCAGGUGUUUCACUUGUACCAGUUCCUUUCUCUAGAAUGAAUUUUGGGGGUUGGAAAAGGAGUAUAAUUGUUUCUUUGUCUGCUAGGAACAAAAUUGCAUUUGUUGAUGGUAGUUUGCCCAAACCUCCUGAUAAUUCCGUCGAGUCUAAGCAGUGGGACAGAUGUAAUAAUACGGUAAUUUCAUGGUUAACAAGUUCUUUGUCUCCUGAUAUUGCGGAUAGUGUCCAGUAUUCUGAAACAGCUGAAGAAAUAUGGAGACAGUUAAAUAAAAAAUAUGAGACAGUAAAUGGAACUAAAGCCUUUCAACUUAAGAAAGAACUAGCUUCUACCUGUCAAGGUUCCCUAGAUAUUGCCUCAUACUUUAACAAAUUAAAGAAAUUGUGGGAUGAAUUGAGAGUUGUUCUUAAAAAUCAUGGAAAUCACUGUACUUGUGGUGCAAAGGAAGGUAUUCUUAAAGAGGAAGAGGAUAGACUUCAUCAGUUUCUCAUGGGGCUGAAUGAAGUCAUCUGCUUUCACUGCCAAAAUGAAUCUCAAUCCCAACCGAAUUAUAGGCCUCCUGGUUCCAACACUCAGAGACAGUAUGUCCAAAGAGUGAACUUUGAUCAAGCCAAUGGGAAUCUAUUCUACAGAUAUUGUAAGAAGAAUGGGCACUCAAUUGAUAAGUGCUUCAAGCUUCAUGGUUUCCCUCCUGAUUUCAAAUUCACCAAACGGAAGAAAAUUGCAGCAAAUGCGAUUCUUGGAAUAGAUUUUUCUUCUGAUGAUUGUACAAAUUCUUCUUCUUUUCCUGCUGCUGGAAUUACCAAUAAUGAUUCACAAGGUUCUUUAGUACCUGGUUUGACCAAGCAGCAAUAUUCUCAGCUAAUGGCCCUUCUACAACAUUCUCAUGCCUCUGAUUCUGCUCCAUCUCAAUUUGACCUCAUGGCUUCUACCAAUUUCGUUGGUAAUGCUCUCAUUUUCAAAGUAGUGACUUGUUCUCUAGCUUACAUGUUGUUGACACCCAAUUUUGUCCCUCCUUUCUUCCAAACUAUUUGCUUAAGCUUCUAA